AUGACUGAGAUCCGCAUGUCGCUUGAUCAGCUAGCGGAAGCACUAGGGGACGAGGAAGAAGAGGACGAUGGCCUAGAGGACGAUGGCCUAGAGGACGAUGGCCUAGAGGACGAUGACGAAAGCAUCGUGCAUGUGCAUGACGACCAGGUUGCAGACACCCAGGCGAUGAUUCAGGAGAUGGAAAUCAAGGAAGACGACGUCGACAUGGACAGUGGUGAUGAGGAUGUUGCUGCCAGUCGCGCGAGCCAUGUCCAGAUCCAGCCCGUCAAAGAGCCGUUGCCUAGUACUGAGAAGUAUAAACCGCCUCAUCUGAGGCCAUGGUCGAUGGUCGACCCGACCUACGCUCGACACCGUCCUCCCGCAGUCUCCGCACCCAAGCCUCCUCCUGCAGCCUCCGCGCAAAACAUUCCUUCUGCGACCUCCAGGCCGAGUGGAAGGAUCUGUCACGCACUAAGUAGCCGAUGCAAUGGCUCGAGGAAGUGCGUUAGGAGUGGUACAGGAUACAAGAGUCACAAUGGUGACGAGGACAUGCAUGUAUUGAGGGCCGAUGCCCCUGCAGCACAGCACAUCACAUUGCUCGACAGGCGCAGGCGCGGACAUGUGGUUUACGCGCCUCGCCGGAACUCGCCUACUAGUCAGUUUUGCAGCGGGACCCUGCUUUGCUCACGUGGACAUUACUACUACUAUGUACCUGCUUUGGACUCUGCUGGUGCUCCACUAUCACAAGCCAUGGAUGCGCGCAUCGUCGCAUCUUCUGACACGACACACGACAUCAACGUCACCCAGCAAUAG